AUGCACAUACCAAAACAAGAUUCUUUGAGAAAGACCCUGAACCAUGAAAACCUUCGCCGUUGCCACCCUCGCCGCGCUCCUCGGCAGCAGCGCCCAGGCCGCCGUCGCCCAACCCCGUCCCAGUUCCAGGAGCUGUCCCUCGGCGCGCCGCAGGACGUGCUCGCCGGCGACUACAUCAACAUGUGGUUCCGUCUGAACAUUGACCAGUUCCAGGCGCCGCACGCCGCCUUUUCCGAGGACGCGUGGGUCGUCUUCCACACCUAUCUGAAGAACCAUACGGGUGCGGUGGCCGGCACGGAUCUGUCGUGGUGGGUGGUGGAUCUCUACAUGAACACGGCCAAGGCGGGCGGUUAUUACCACGGUAAUGAUACGAGCGUGAGCCACUCGAGGGUUUUCAAUGCCAAGUCGAAAUAG